CCAUAUCCUCCAUUCCCAUCUACUCCACUUUAUCCUCUCUUCUUCUUCUUCCAAAAUUUCAAUCUCUUUCUUCAUUCUUCUUCUUUUUCUUCUUCAUCCAUGGAGCCUCUAGCAGCCAUUCCUUGGCUAGAUACUUACACCACCAUCUCCGACGAGCACCUCCUCACCCUCACCGACCUUCUCCACGACGACAACGCCACCGCCUCCUCCCCACUCUUCCACCCCUCCCAAGACAUCGACGACAAUCGAGCCACCAAGCUCUCCGUUCCCGGUGGUGCGGCCUACUUCGGGCCGACAAUUGAGGACAUUGAGAAUGCACUCUCCAUUACUCCUAGAUCGAAAGACCUGCAGUCCCACACUCACAUUCCUCAUACUGGAUUUUCAAUUCUGGAGAGAGGGAGCAUGAAUAAGGUUGAGCAUAAGUAUAGCCUCAGAAUCAAAAGCUGUGGAGGGAAUAUGGUGGCUGAUGAUGGAUAUAAAUGGCGCAAAUAUGGUCAGAAGUCUAUCAAAAAUAGCCCCAAUCCUAGGAGCUAUUAUAGAUGUUCAAACCCAAUAUGCAGUGCAAAGAAGCAAGUAGAACGGUCCAUGGAAGAUCCAGAUACCUACAUCAUCACCUACGAAGGCCUCCACCUCCACUUUGCUUACCCAUUCUUCUUAAUGGGCCAAAGCUCACAAGCCCAAUCUCCAACCAAGAAGCCCAAAACUGUCGACCCACAGCCCGAAGCCCAUAAAAGCCCAACUUUCCUCGCUCCAGAUGACCCAAAAGAAUCAACCGGCCCACAAGGGUUGCUCGAGGAUAUGGUCCCAUGGAUGAUCCGAAAUCCAUCAACCAAUCGCAACGGUCUAUCAAAUUCUUCCUCUUGCGUAUCCCACCGUUCGCCUCCAACGUCCCCUCCAUCACCGUCCACGUGUCCCACCUUUGUUGCUUCCUGCUUUUGAGAAUUUUGGGAAAUAUAAAAUAUAUAUAACAUAAAUAUAUAAUUAUAUAAUAUUAAAUAUGUACUCGACGGGUUAUUGAAACCCAGUUAAACGUAGUCCUAAUUUUUUUCUUCUUCUUAUAUUUAUAAAUUAUAUUUGUAUUUACGUGUAUUAAACUAUGGUUGUAUUUGGGAUUAAUUAUUAGAGCUUUCAAAGUGGUUAUUGAACCAUAAAAUAAAAGAUUAUGAAAAAUCUU